AUUUAGGGCGUUGUGGGGUGUGAAUUCACUUCCCCACACGUAACCGUACUCCCAAACCCAUAUCUCUUAAUCGCAGACCAUAUCUCCGUUUUGACCCUAAGGCUAGAGCCGAUCAAAGAGUGUUCGAUCCACUCCAAGUAAGAUCGAUGGCGACUCCCAAAAAUGCCGACGCGACCACAUGCGGACCCCCGGAGGGACGGUUGCGACAGUUGGCGACUCCGCUGGGGAAUUCGAGAGUCGAGCUACAUAACUAAGUUCGAUAAGUUUUCUAAUUUUCUGUUACGUGUUGGGUGUAUACUUUACUAUUUGUGCAAUUAUAUUUUCGCAAUUAAUUUCUGCAUUCAUGCAUGAAAGCUCUAUACCCGAGCUAUCCUAUUAGAAACGGAAAAGGAGUACCGUGACUUUCACAGUAGUGAAAAUCACGCCAAACUUUCCAACCAAGUUGAACUCAGAUCCGAGGUUGAUCUUGAGGUAUCCAGCCAGUUCGUAAGGGCUAUGGCAGGAUACAACUUGGGAGCCAAAUCCCUAGGAAUUCCUCUGCCAGCAUAUAGUAAGCAUAGAGGCCUCCCUAAACCAUCCAGAAUAAUCCUGAAACAACCCUAGCACCGCGUCAUUAUGCCCUCUGAAAGCCCUAGGUUUUCCCAAAUAGGGUUAUGGUUUUUAUUAUCUAUAUGUAUGUUUUCUACUGACGUGAUAACUUGUGGUAUGUGCUCCCAAUUGCAAUAUAUUUAUUUGUGAGAACGAUGUGAAUUUUUUUUCUUCUUUGAAAAAAAAAGAAACUCAUAAGCAUCAUUCUCUUUUUGUGUUUUCAUUUAUGCACUUAAAAUAAAUCAUGAAAACAUUUUCAAAAUGCACGUGCAUCCAAUGAAUCAUCUGUGCAUCGCAUAAGCAUCAUUCAUACUCUUCAUUACUCAUUUAAGUCAAUUUAAUAAAAGUAAUUGGUCAGGGUUCCUUAAAAUUGCUCGUCCACAAGGAAAGAGUCAAGACUUCAAGUACUUAACUAGAUCCAAGCUCGAGUUCGUCAUGGAGGCAUUUCAAAAAGAGUUGAACGACAUCAAAGGAAAGCUGACCGGGUUUGACGAGAAGCUAGUGGGGUUCGAUGAGAAACUAAAGGGCUUCGAUGAGAUGAAAAGCCAGCUCAACACAAUAUUGAGCAUAUUGUCAAGAAAAGGGAAGGAGGUUGCAACGAACGAGGAAGAAAUCGUAUUUGACGAUGACGAUCACUAUGAGCAACCUCAGGGAAACAUCUCAGGUAGUAAAUUCAUCCUCAUACCUUCGAAGAACACAGGCGAAAAAGGUGACAUUGGGUCAUCAAAGCAUGACAAAUCCGGAAAACCCGAGAAGCAAGAGGAACAUAAAAUCGAAGCUAUGCUAGAAGAAAAAUUAGAACACAUGAAUGAACGAAUAAGAAGUAUAGAAGGAGUUGAGUCGUACGAGCCUAUGGAUUCAUCAAAACUAUGUCUAGUCCUAGAUGUCGUGAUUCCUCACAAAUUUCAAAUGCCAGAAUUCAAAAGAUACAAUGGCACCACUUGCCCAAAAAGCCAUCUGGUCAUGUACUGCAACAAAAGGGCCAACCAUAUCCGAGAUGAAAGGCUAAUGGUACAUUGCUUCCAAAACAGCCUGAGUGGUUCUGCCCUACGAUGGUAUAUGCAGCUAGAGAAAACAAAAGUGAGAAGAUGGCGAGACCUUGCCGAUGCAUUCAUGAGGCACUACAAGCAUAACCAGGAUCUGGCUCCAGACCGAGAAGAUCUGAGGAAUAUGGAAAAUAAUGAGAAAGAGUCUUUCAGGGAAUAUGCUCAAAGGUGGAGAUGCAGACGUUCAACCUCCUCUGUCAGAAAAAGAGAUGGUGUCAAUCUUCUUCGGAACACUAAGGGCUCCAUACUACAACAACAUGGUCGGAAUUACCACAACCAACUUUGCGGAUCUGCUUGUAAUCGGAGAGCAAAUAGAAAAGGGUUUGAAGCAAGGUCGGAUGGAAACCCCAGAAGCCUCUAAGAAACCACACCAAGCCCGAAGGGGAGAAGCAGAUGUCCAUUAUGCUCAAACAGGAUCAUCUAGAGGAAGAAGGUGGGAUCAUCAACCUCAGGCCAAUCAAGCCCAUCCAUGUGUUGCAAAUGCCGCAAUAAUUAAUCAAUGUCCAAAUUUUCCUACUCAACGAGCCAUCCAGAGUCCGACACGAGUCGCACCACCACCAAAUAACCAAGACCAGAAUAAUUAUGGGAGAUACAGGAAACCCAUCCAAAUCGAUCUUAUCCCUAUCACAUACACUGAACUUUUCCCUCAGCUGAUUCAGAGUAACCUAAUCUCCCCAAUACCAUGUGAACCUAUAAAACCUCCUUAUCCAAAUUGGUACAAAAUAGACCAACAUUGUGCUU